UUUAAAUUGCAUUUAGUGGGAAAAAGCGGCGGAAACAAUGACGGUGAACAAGCGCGACGCGAGUGCCACGCGAUCGCGAUGCUUUUUCGACAUUUCGCUGGGCGGCCUGGGCGUGGGCCGCAUUGUUUUCGAGCUCUUCGGCGAUGUGGCGCCGAAGACGGCCGAGAACUUCCGGGCCCUGUGCACGGGCGAAAAGGGACUUGGCCUGGUCACCGGCAAGAAGCUCCACUACAAGGGGGUCAUCUUCCACCGGGUGGUCAAGGACUUCAUGGUCCAGGCGGGCGACUUCUCCGCGGGCAACGGCACCGGCGGCGAGUCCAUCUACGGCGGAACAUUCGAGGAUGAGUGCUUCGAGAAGAAGCACGAUCGUCCCUUCCUGCUGUCGAUGGCCAACCGGGGCAAGAACACCAAUGGCUCGCAGUUCUUUAUUACAACACAGCCUGCGCCACAUUUGGACAAUAUCCAUGUUGUAUUCGGGCAAGUUAUAUCCGGUCAGGAGUUGGUGCGUCAAUUGGAGGAUCUGCCCAUCGAUCGGAACUCGCGGCCGCUACAGGAUGCCGCUAUAGCCAACUGCGGUGAACUGGUUAGGCAGACCAAGGCCAAAAAGGAAAAGAAGCGAAAGAGGCGCUCUACGGUCUCAGAUGACUCAAACAGUGAAGAAAGUGAGGCUGAGGUCAAGGCUGAGCGAAGAAAAAAGAAAAAGCGCAAUCGGAAGGAGUCGAAGGCCAGCGAUAGCGAAGACAAUGAUAAAAGACGCGGUAAUGGAAAGCAUGAUCAGAAUCCUCAGGAAGAUGACGGGGAGCGCGAGGAAGGGGAGCUCCAUCCACUGGUCACAAUAACCAAGAUAGAUCCUAACGAGAUACCAGAGGUAUCAAACAAAUUCCUAAUGCGCGGUGAGAGAUCGCGAUCCCGAGAUCGGGAAGAUCGUGGAGGUCGGGGACAAGAUCGCGAUCGCGAUCGCGGGAAGGAUCAGGAUAGAGAUCGCAAUCGCAAUAACUUUGGUUGGUCAAAGAAACAGGCACCGCCCACAUCGCGCAGCGGACGUAUUGUCAAAGGUCGCGGGUGUUUGUAACGGUUCCGCACACCUUCGCGCAGCCGAUCGCGCAGCACUACGCCACCCCACUGGAAGCAUGCCCAGAAGCGCACCAUUAAGUUGUCUGACUUGGAGCGCAUUGAGGAGGAAGCAAGAUGCGCGAGGAGGAGUAAGCGUCGCGAGCACGAGAGAAAACGUCGCCACGAAGAGGCCACCAAGAAUCCCAAGCAGUCCUUCUUUGAGCUAACCCAUGCCAGCACUUACGGCGGAAUGACGCCAGAGAAAUUAUCUCCGGAACACAAAAACAAGUCGAAGGAAACAUCAGAUCGCGGCAAACCCAAGAGAGGAGAAGGAGAAGGCCAGCGAGAAGGAAUGACUCCUAAGCGCCGCAAAUCGAUGGAUAUGAAUGCUUUGGACUAUGAGCAGCAGACAGAAACCGAGUCCGAGGACGAGCUACAGGUGAAACCACCCACCAAGCAGGAGAGCAAAGUAGAGCCAUCGACUAGCAGGGAUCGAAAUUCAAAACGCGACGAUCGCAACCAUGAGAAAGCCAAACUAAAGCGCAGUCGUUCUCGAAGCCCGCGUCGCCAUUCUCCUCCUCGUCCACAGCGUUCGCCCGCUAGGCGUCCAGGCCAAACCAACCAGAAUCAGAAUCAAAAUCAGUUCAACCGCGGGAAUCGCCGAAAUCCGUUUGCGGACAGAGAUCGACGCCGCCGUUCGCGCUCACAGGAUAACGAAUACCGCAAUCGAUUUCCCUUGUCACCAAUAGGGCAGGGGCCUCCCGCCGGAGAUCGCCGCCGUCAACAGCGUUCCCGCAGUCAGGGACGCAGGCAGGAUUCGCCCAAUCACAAGCGUCAGAUGUCGCCGGGCAGGAAACGUCAGGAUUCGCAGAGCAGGAGCAAAGCGAGACGACUCAAAAGACAGAAGCGAGAGGCUUCUUCAAACAAAAAGCGUGACGAUUCACGCGAAAGGAGCCGCGACGAUUCCCCUGGUAAAAAGCGCAAGGAUUCCGGCAAUAAAAAAAGAGAAGAUUCCGAAGGCAAAAAGCCACAGGAAUCCACCAGAAAAGAGCGCGAUGACUCUCCAAGUCGAAAGCGAGAGGAUAGUCCAGGCCGAAAGCGUAAGGACUCUGACAAAAAGCGACAGGACUCUCCUGUGAAAAGACAAGAUUCGCCAGGCAGAAAGCGUCAGGACUCACAAGACAAAAACCGCCAUGAUUCUCCUGCCAAAAAACUAGAUUUACCGGGCAGGAAGCGACAAGAGUCCGCCGACGGAGGGCAACAGGAUUCCCUGGCCAAAAGACAAGAUUCACCAGGCAGACGCCGUAAGGACUCGCCUGAAAGAAAACGCAAGGAAACACCAGACAGAAGGCGCAAGGAUUCGCCUGCUAGAAGGCGCCAGGAGUCAUCUGGAAGAAGGCGACAGGAGUCGGAUGAGAGACGCCGCGAUUCGCCCGGAAACAGACGCAGCCGCAGCCGCGGACGCCGGCACAGCUCGUCGCGCAGUCGCAGUCCCUCAACCAGUCUCCGCCGCCGCCGCUCACGCAGUCCGCUGCCCAAGCUCACCUCCGCUCUGCCCAUGGACGAGGAUCGCGAGAAGGCGGCCCGUGAGAAGAUGCAGAAGCGUGCGGAGGCCGCGAUGCUGAUGAAGGAGCACAUGCGCAAUGAGAUUGCCAAAGAGGAGGAACGGCGUUUGGAGAAACAGCGCCAGGACGACAUGGAAAAGGAACGUACCACCCGUGAGCUCAACGAACUGGAGCGCCUGAAGGCCGAAACCCUCAAGAAGCUGCAGGACGAGGAACGAGUGGGCUCGGCGGGAGCGGGAAUCGAUGCAGCAGCCGGAAGCGAGGCCAAAACCGAGGCAACCGCCACCCGGAACAAACGCGAGUCCAGCACGGAGGAUCGACAUCGCGACAAGAAGCGCAAGCAUAAAAAAUCAAAGAAGUCCUCGGCUCGCUCCGAUUCCGAUUAAUCAAACUAAUCCAAUCCUAGACAGUAGUUGAGUCCCAAACAACGGCUGACCCUAUUUUUGUUCCACCAAUUUAGACUUUUACACAAAAUGGCCAUUGUAUAAAUCGCGACCCCCCUUUUUUGUAACGAAGUCCGUUUAAUAAAGGUAAACGUCACUGUA